AUGCAGCCUCAAAUGCAACCGCAGCAGCAACAGCAGCAGUACUACGAGCAACAACAACCUCAACAGCAGCAGCUCCAGCACCAGCCCCAUCCCCAGCACCAGCAGACAAUGCAGCAAGAAUACGUUCAAGGCGCCAACGUCCAGACCCAAGAAUGGCAGUCAAGCCUGAUGGACUGCGGUCCUUGUGAUACCUGUAUCGUGGGAACCUGUCUCCCGUGCUUGCUCCUCGGCAAGACCUCAGAGCGCAUGCGCGACCCCACGAUGCAGACGUACGAGGCCAUCAACACAGACUGCCUGCUCAUGUGCGGCAUCACCUGGUUCACCGGAUGCGGCUGGAUCUACGCCAUGAUGAAGCGCGGCGAGAUCCGCGAGCGCUUCGGCAUCAAGGGCUCUGGCGGCUCCGACUGCUGCGUGAGCUACUGGUGCGGGUGCUGCGCGCUCAUCCAGCAGGAUAAGGAGGUGCAGGCACGUCUGUCGACGGGGCCUAUUGUCCAGGGGUACCAGCCGCAGAAGGAGGGCAUGCACAUGCCGCCACAGCAAGCUUGA